AUGACCAAUCAUCAGCUACGCCCUCUCAAGGUCAAUGCACAGACAGGAGAGCCUUUUCUACAGCUGCGAGACCAUACCAAUAUCAUCAUAACGCCCCCAAGUCCCGAAGAUGUGCCAGUUAUGGUUCCCUACCACAAUGAUCCGCGAGUAUGCGAUUGCCUGGGGGAGAGGCCUCUAUUUCCUUACACUAUAGAACAUGCAAAGGAGUUUUUUUCCAUCACCAAAGAUGCAUCUGACGAAUUGUUGAAGCAUCUAGACGAUGCCAGGGAACAACCCGAACCGAUCAUUCUGGAAAAUUGUCCAGUGCUUGCGAUACGCGAGGUUCAUGAAGACGGGACGGAUACCUAUAUUGGCGAUAUCGGAUUCAUGCGUUGUAUGCUUGGAGAAUUGCUGACUACGGAAGGCGUCUUUGACUGGGAAAACAAAAAACUUAGAGAAGAAGAGAAUAAUAAGCUCGCUACCGGUGACCCCAGAAUUAUUUGGAGUUUUGGGGCUCCAUCUCACCAUGGUCGAGGAAUAAUGACAGACGCGGUUCGGACGAUGCUGCACGAGUGGGGUGUCCCGCGAAUGAGAAUACGCCAUAUGUGGGUCUCUACAUUCACAGACAACGAAGCCAGCGUCAAGGUUGUGAAGGGCAAAAUGCGCGGUGUAAAUGCGCUGGAAUGGAAAUACGAUGCAUAA